CUUCACCAUAUGCGUUGAUAACAUCCAAAACAUGUCAAAACUUAUCAUUUUAUUACUCUUACAUUUAUAUUUCUCCACAAAUUACCCGUUUUUCACCCAUUUCAAGUUUUAAUUUUAAUAAUUCUAUCUUCAUUAUCAUUUUUCAUCAUAUAAAAUUUGAUUUCUCUUAAACUACAUAUUACUUUCUUUAUUUUGGUCAUCUUUAUAUAUUUUAUUCACCCAUAUAUAAAGUACCUAACUCACUCAUUAACACAUAUUUUAUAUUUAUUAAUAUUCAUUAAUUUAUUUUAAUAUUUAAAUUUGUAUGAUAAAUGAAAAAAUCUUCAACUAUACACAUAUUUUUAUGUGGAUUAAAGGGCUCGGGAAAGACUCUAUUGCUCUAUAAAACUCUCAUUCCAAAAUGGGAAAAUACAAACUCAGAAAUAAAGCCUACACCUUUAUAUAAUUAUGAAGAGCUUAAACAUAACGGGAAAACUCUAGGAUUAUGGGAUUUCAGUGGAGACCUUGUUGUAAGGAAUAUUCCGAAUUUUGUGAGCAGACAAGUGGAAGUUAAAGGUGUGGUUUUUGUUGUAAAUAUAUUGGAUAUGAAUGAAUCUAAGAACACUGAAGUUAUAAAUUGGAUGUGUUCCUUAGAAUCUGAGAGUUCAUUAUCUUAUUCGCGAUUUGUUGUGAUAUUCAAUGGAGCAAAUGAUUUAUUUCGAGGAGAAAACUAUGAUAAUUUUAUGAAAAAAUUAGAGCCUAUAAGGUCGAGACUAGGGCCAAGAAUAAUGUGUAAAAAUGUUAACACAAUUAAGGGUUUGGAUGAUCCAGGCUGGCCAAUAGUUCUGGAUUUCAUAAUUUCGCAACCUUCUAAUCCUAGCAAAAAAUCGAAUAAGUCCAAACAAUAA